AUGGUCUUGCGAUCGAUUCUUUUAGAAUGUUGUGCGUUAAGUGGAACGUCGCACAGGGCUUCCGAUUUAGCUGAAGAGUUAUCGCGCAUCGUUCAGGAAUGGGGUCUAGAACGUAAAAUUAUUCUAGCAGUGUCAGACAAUGGGUCCAAUAUUAAAUGUGCUAUAGAGAAAUGUUUGGGUUGGAAACAUUUCAAUUGCUAUGCGCAUUGCAUUAAUUUAGUAGUUACUAAGGCUUUAGAAAAUAAUAGUACGAUCUCUAAUAUCAUACAAAAUGCAAAAAACGUUGUCUCACAUUUAAAAAAAAGUACGGUUGCGUGGGAAAAAUUAAAACGCUACUUAGAACAAGCUGGUAAACCGAUAAUGAGGCCUCUUCAAGAUGUUCCUACCAGGUGGAACUCUACAUACUAUAUGUUAGAGCGCUUAUUACUAUUGAAAGGGGAACUUAAUAGCGCAAUUUCAAAUUUGAACACAAAUAUUCCAGUAUUGUCAGCGAACUAUUGGUCUAUCAUAGAAAAGCUGGUCCUAGUUUUAAAGCCCUCUGAGGAAGUGACAAAAGAGAUAAGCGGCGAUAGAUAUGUGACUGGCAGUUCGGUUAUCCCCAUAACUAUAGCUUUAAAAUCGGCGUUAGUUACUAUACUAGAUUCUUCCGAGCCUUUACCAGAUGACGUAGAAAUGAGGAAGCAACAGAACCAGAACAGAAUAUUUCAGAAUCAUCUUCUGUAUCCGGAUCGGAAAACACCAUUUGGGCCCACUAUUACAAAAAAAUGCAAAAUAUUAGGCCCAGUGGUACCGCAUUUUCUAGAGCUGUGGUUGAAGUGCAACGAUACAGUAAUACCAAAAUCUCAUUCGCCUUUAGAAUGGUGGAAGGCUAACAAGAACUCAUACCCACAUUUGGCAAUACUUGCACGGAACAGAUUAAAUUCUCUGGCAACGAGUGUGCCCUGUGAAAGAUUAUUUUCUGCCGCAGGAAAUAUUUUAAGUGACCGUAGGACUCGUCUUGGAGUAAGGAAAAUUAAACAAUUACUUUUCUUACAACAGAAUUUAAAAAAUAAAGCUUAA